AUGGGGCUUGCCUGUGCAGUCUCAUUUCUGACUGGUGUGGUACGAAGGACCAGUUUAGUCGAGUCCUGGUACAAGGCUGAGGAGCCAGAUGUCAAUGCUCUACUCAACAAAUACUUGCUUAACCAUGAGAGUCAGAUGACAAGAAGUGAGUGGCAACUGACUGACAGCACAUCUCUGAUGACUGUGUUUGACCGUGCAUGGACAGAAGUCCGUGAUGGCUUCAACAGUGGAGUGCUGAUUGGUUCUGGAGAGCCCUGCUCCCCUGACCUGGAACACCUGGCAGUGAAGUGCCGACCGUUCUACCUUCCACGGAAGUUCUCCUCCGUAAUCCUGACUGCAGUCUACAUCUCACCUCAGACAGACAUCAAGCCAGCACUUGAGGAACUAAGUGCUGUAAUCAACAAGAACGAAGCAGCGUACCUUGACGCCUGUCACAUUGUGGCUGGAGAUUUUAAUCAGACAAUGGUGGAUUCAUUGGUGUUCACUAAUCAAUCAGACAGAAUUCAUAUUUUAGAAUUCAGAUGCUCCAACAUAAGUCCAGCUCCUCCUGAGAUGUGGAUCGCUCCAGCAUUUACUGCGGCAGCCAAGGUUCGAGUAAUUGUGACUUUCUGCUUCUUCAUCGUGUCCAUGAUCAGCAACACAGCCAUCCUGCUCAGCGUCACCAGGAGAAAGAGGAAAUCCCACAUCAGGAUUCUGAUCUUGAGCCUCACUGUUGCAGACCUAAUGGUGACUGUUUUAGUGAUGCCACUGGAUGCAGUCUGGAAUAUAACUAUCCAGUGGUAUGCAGGAAAUGUAGCCUGCAAAGCCCUAAACUUCCUGAAGCUGUUUGCCAUGUACGCAUCCGCCCUCGUCCUGGUGGUGAUCAGUAUGGAUCGCCAUUCAGCCAUCUUGAACCCAUUCAGCUUUAUCAGUGCCAGUCACAGGAACAAGUUAAUGCUCUCCAUGGCAUGGAUUGCAAGUGCGCUAUUAGCAGCUCCUCAGCUUUUCAUUUUUCAGGUGCAGCAUGUCCACAGUGUGAACUUUACCCAGUGUGUGACCUAUGGGAGCUUCACUGAACACUGGCACGAAACCUUCUAUAACAUGUUCACCUUCAUCACUCUGUAUAUCACACCUCUUACUGUCAUGAUCAUCUGUUACACCAGGAUUCUCUGGGAGAUAAGCAAGCAGAUGAAAGAAAACAGAGGCUCAUCAAUACCAACAAUACAAAAUGAUUACAUGUUGAAGACACGAAUGAAAACCCUUAAAAUGACCAUUAUCAUAGUUGUAUCUUUCAUCAUCUGCUGGACCCCAUAUUACCUCCUCGGACUGUGGUACUGGUUCAAGCCAGACAUACUGAAGAAGGUGCCAGAAUACGUCAAUCAUUUAUUAUUUUUAUUUGCCUUGCUACAUACCUGCUCAGAUCCAGUGAUAUAUGGAUUCUACACGCCUUCCUUCAGGAAGGACAUCAUGUCAUGUUGGAGAUGGAUAGGAAGAGGGUUCUCGAGGCACAAGGCAAGAUCCAUUGGAGAACCAUCCACUGUCAGGGCUUUGCCAAUUGGUGCAAAUGACAAGGUCCUUAAUCACAUUCAGAUGGUCUCCAUUGUCAUAGAAUAG